AUGCGCGGUCCCUGUCCAGGCCAUUCUUCAAGGCCAUUCUUCAAGGCCAUCGGACAGGUCAGGGACAAGUCAGGUAGGGUCCAGCAGCAGGGUCAACAACGACUCGUCAACGUCGGCAUGGCAAAAUGCUACCUCUCUUUCCGCACUCUCGUUGCGUCCCACUCCGCGGCACCGCGAGUCUGGGAGAUGAAGAAUGUUGCGGGUUCGUCGGAGCCGGGCCAGACGCCGCUGAGGGGGUUGCUACACCUGCUGGCCGCACUGGUUGUAGUGCAGGUGCGGGGACCGCGGCUUUUAGGCAGGUUGUACAUGUACUUGUAUCGCCGUCAGUGGGUGAAAGGAAUGCUUGCAGAAACCAUGGUUGGGGUUUUUGCCGUCAUGCGGACGCCACGGAGUCUUUGA